GCUUUCAAGUGAGAGAUUAUCACGUUUCUGUUUCCACAAAGGCCAAAAGGAAAGCAUAAUCAAGUAUUUCAAAUGAGAGAUAAUUACAUUCCUUUUGACCUGGGAACAGAAAAGCAAAAUCAAAACUGGUUUCACCACAUUGUGGGAUUGUUGUGGGUGCUUCACAAAUUGGUGAAAUGGUGGGCGUCGGUGUGAACGACUAAACUAGGGAACUGAGGUGGAUAAAUAGCUCACUCACAGCUUCAAGAUUUCCAUGGUGAACAACGGUAAGCCAAGAAGUGAAGAUGCCAAAAUUCUACAGCGCUCAGCAGGCUUUGGACAUGAUCCUGGAUCAUGUCAACCCUUGCGACUCAGAUGGAGAUGAUGUCGUCCUUCAGAUGAGCUCAGAUUCUGAAGUUUCUUCUGAUGAGGAGACUUCACUGCCCCCAGUAAAGAGAGGUCGAGUGGAGACCCACACUGGGCCAGUGGAGAAGGCAAAGGACGGCACAGUAUGGUGUGAAGAACAGGUGGGGAGGCCUUUCAAUCAAAGCCCAGUAGAACCAUAUGCUACAGACGGAGAGCCGACAGCUUUGGUCAGAAGAACGGUGUCCAGUCGCCUACAGAGCUUCCUCUGCUUCAUCACUCUUGACAUGCUUCGAACUGUUCAGGAGUGGACUGUUCAGCAUGGACGUCGGACAGAGGAGAGCAGUUGGUUCAUGGCCGUCCCUGAACUAAUGGCGUUUAUUGCCAUUCUUCUCUUGCGAGGGGUAAUUAGACUUCCAUCACUGCGUGACAUAUGGUCUUCAAAACUGGGCCACCCACUGAUCACCAGGAUCAUGGCUCGAAACCGCUUCCAAGACAUCAUGCAGCACCUACGCUUUGAUGACAUGGACACACGUAGUGAACGAGCUGAGACUGACAGGUUUGCUGCAGUUGCUGAUAUUUGGAGGUCUUUCGUUUCCAACUGUAUCUCAUCCUACAACCCAGGCAGGCACAUCACCAUUGAUGAACAACUUUUUCCGUCAAAGACUCGCUGCUGUUUCUUGCAAUACAUUGCAACAAAACCGGACAAGUUUGGUAUCAAGUUCUGGGUGGCAUGUGACCUGAAAUCUAAGUAUGUGUGCAAUGUCAUCCCAUAUCUUGGAAAAGACCCCAGUCGUCCUUCUGGAGAGAGACUUUCUGAAAAUGUGGUGAUGAAGCUGAUGGAACCGUUUAUGGACAAAGGAAGAACUGUGACCACAGACAACUUCUUCACAUCACUAUCACUGGCGCAACGACUGCUCAACCGGAAGACCACUCUCCUUGGCACAGUCAAUAAGAUUCGACGGGAGCUUCCAGGUUCAGCAAAACAAGCUAUAAACCGCCAAGAAUUCAGUACUCAGGUGUUUUCAACCUCUGGUGUCACACUGACUGUCUAUGCGCCUAAACGGAGAAAGACCGUCUGCAUCCUCAGCAGCAUGCACAGCGUGGUUGAGACUGAAGACACACGAAAGAAGAAGCCAAACACAGUCACCGACUACAAUAGCAUGAAGUGUGGUGUCGACGUGAUGGACCAGAUGGUGCGAGAGUACAGUGUUCGCUCAGGAACACGGCGAUGGCCAGUCGCUGUGUUCUACAACAUGAUUGACAUGGCAGCAUUGAAUGCCUAUGUGCUUUAUCAGGCGUGCACUGGGGUGCAGGAGAGGCGGGUGGACUUCCUGGUGGAGCUUGCCAGUGAGCUUGCUCAGUCACAUUUGGGAGCCAAGAAAGUCAACAAGGAGAACCUUCUUCGCCAACAACCUCCCACACCGGACCAAGGGAAAAGAGCAACGUGCCAGGUGAACUGUCGUUGCAAGAGAAAUCACGCUACUGUGCGCUGUGUAGAUUGCUACAGGUACACGUGUGGCAAAUGCAGAAAGGAGGUGGCAUGGCAGUGCGAAGUCUGCUCAGACAAUGCAGGUCAAAAUCAAUGAGAACAUUCCACCAUCAUGGAACAUGUGAAAUUUUUGUAACUUCAUUGCACUGAGUGUUAUAAAUGUCAAUCACUUCACCCACAUACUGCACUGAUUUAUUUGUACACUUUCUUGCAUCUAUAAGAAAAGAUUCCUUGUUCAAAUCUUGUACAUCAGAAAUAAAAGUCAUCAAGGAAUGAAAAAGACAGACUGUGUUGAUGUCUUGCUAAAAAAAGAGGGUAAAAUAAUUUUCUGAUCAUAAUGUGAAAAUAUCAUUUGUCGUUGCAGCUUGCUAGACAGGUUGUGCAUACACUGGUCUUAGAAAUAUUGUGCUGAGCAUCUCCACUGUGCAGGGGAAGCUGGUGGACUUCCUGGUGGAGCUUGCCAGUGAGCUUGCACAUUCUUAUUUGGGAGCCAAGAAGGUGAAUAGGAGAGUGAGAGUGAGCAACCCCCCACAACUUGGCCAACGUGUGGGGGGUUGCUCACAGAACAUCUCAUUUAGAGAACAAUAGUGUCGUUCACACCUGAGUUAGGAUAUUAGCUAAAACUAAUCCCGCCAUUUGGCUGCCCUCUGGGCAUGGAAGGUAGAAACGCCAAAUGGCGCAGCUUUGGGUUUUCUAGU